AUGACGAGCACAACAAACUCCAAUUUGCACAACUACAAUCACGAGCUCGUUGCCUGCAUUGAUGACCUCCGCCGCAAACGCGAAGAAGUCAACCGCCAGAUCAUCAAAGAAGAGGAGGAUAGAGCGAAAGUGCAGAAGGAGAUCGCGCUCCUGCAGGACCGGCUUCAGAAGUUGAAUGAGAGUUUGACGCGCAAGAUCCAAGCCAGGAACGAGUACGACAAAACCAUCUCGGAGACGGAAGCGGCGUACACAAAGAUUCUGGAAUCGGCGCAGACGCUGCUCCACGUGCUUAAACGCGAGUCGGUACAUCUGGGCCGAAAAACAUCGGGAGAGCGGGGGGAUGUUCCAGGUGUUGGAAUCGCCGGAGUGGGCAUGGAGUAUUCACCACCCAGCCCGCCGGAGUUGCCACAUCGACGGGAGGGAAAAGGCAAACCCGCCGCAGGUGCGGGAUGA